AUGGACAUCACGCACAUCGAUACCCUCGACCCGCACGACCUCGACGCGUACCUCAACCUCCUGGGCCUCAACGACGACGACCUCGGCCCAGACCUGGACCUCGAGCACGGGAUCGCGGGGCUGGUGUCGUCGCUUCUCGGCGCCGCCGUCGACGACGACGCGACGCGCGGCGUUUGGAGGGAGUUGGAGCGGUCGUAUCGUGUGGAGUGUGGGGUUUCGGUGCAGGAGCUGUGGAGUAGCAGCAACGCAGUGCGUGCAGGAGUGCGAGAGAAACGCUAUCGGGGCCGCGCGGGACGGGCGCGUCGCCGAGUGCUUGGGCGCGGCGUGGAGUUGGCGGCUGCAGAGGGAUAA